CAGCAGCAGCCCUACUCGUUCGUGCCUCUUACUUUCUCUUCAGCCUCACCUCGAACCCCGAAGGCGCUGUGUGAAGUGGGGACCCCAGCCAUGCUCCAGAUCACGUGGCGCCAGGAGCCAGUGACCUUUGAGGACGUGGCUGUGUACUUCACCCAGAAUGAAUGGGUUAUCCUGGACCCUUCACAGAGGGCCCUGUACCGAGAGGUGAUGCUGGAGAAUUAUGCAAAUGUGGCUUCCCUGGCUUUUCUAUUCACCAGACCUGUUCUGGUCUCCCAGCUAGAGCGAGGGGAGCUGCCAUGGGGCCUGGAACCCUGGGAGCCUGCGGACAGGGAAGCUCUCAGAGGCAUCUGUCCAGGAGGUGAGGCCAGAGCUGAGAAGGAAGAAUCAACUCCAAAGGAACACAUUUCUAAAGAAAUAGAGUCCCACAGACUGACAUUAGGAGGGCUGCCAGGGAAUGUUCCCCAGCGCCUGGACUUUGGGAGCAGCCUAGAGCAGCAGCAUGGUCACUGGAUAGCUAAGAAGACCAUGUCAAAGAGGAGAGAUUUCACAGCUGGGCCAACCAGCCAUCUCAACGACUGCACUGUCGGGAGUGAGGAGCACUGUGAGAAAUCUGGGAAAAACAUUAAUGUUAGCACACAACUCAUGGAUCAGACAGUUCCUAGUGGUCAGAUAUCAUAUGAAUGUAGAAAAUGUGGCAGAUAUUUUAGUCGAAUGGCAGAUUUUCAGGGAUGUCACACUGGUGAAAGGUCUUUCAAAUGCAAAGAAUGUGGAAAAGCCUUCAGAUACAACUCAUUACUUAUUCGACAUCAGGUAAUUCACACUGGAAAGAAACCAUUUAAAUGUAAAGAAUGUGGAAAAGGUUUAAGUUCAGACACAGCCUUGAUUCAGCAUCAGAGAAUCCACACUGGAGAGAAGCCCUAUGAAUGUAAGGAGUGCGGCAAGGCCUUCAUUAGCAGUUCUGUUUUCCUCCAGCACCAGAGGUUCCACACUGGGGAGAAACUCUAUGAAUGUAAUGAAUGUUGGAAGACUUUCAGUUGUAGCUCAAGCUUUAUCGUCCAUCAACGAGUGCACACUGGGGAGAAACACUAUGAAUGUAAAGAGUGCGGGAAACGGCUAAGCUCCCCCACAGCCUUGACUCAGCAUCAGCGCAUUCACACAGGGGAGAAACCUUUUGAAUGUAAGGAGUGUGGGAAGGCCUUUAGUCAGAAAAUCACCCUGGUCCAGCAUGAGCGAGUUCACACCGGUGAGAAACCGUACGAGUGUGAGGUGUGUGGGAAAACCUUCAGCUGGUGUGGGCGAUUUACACUGCAUCGGAAACUACACACACAGAAGAUACCUGUGCAAGAGUAAGGUGGUCUGCAGCUGGGCGUGCUGUGCCUCUUUGUUUCUCCCCUUUCGUGUUCUUCACUAGCGCGCUCUUUACAGUUAGAAAAGAAGAAACAAAUCCCCAAACUCAAAUGUACAAAGAAAUGUAACUGGCUGUGACUCUGGAUUUUGUGGUGUCCCUGAGUGCCCCUCAGGACGGAUGAGGGAUGGGUGGGAGGACCUACGUCAGAGAACACCACUGUGAAUUACCAAAACUCCAGGCUUUAAGAGGAGAUCUUAAAAAGAUUCUAGAGAAAACAAAAGUUCAGGAAUAAGAAUGCACUGGAUUUCAUAACAGCAGUCUUGAAAGUUAGAGGACAGUGGUAUAUUCCUGCAAAAUUCUAAGGGAAAAUAAGUUCCACCCAUUAUUCAGUACCCUCAAAUGUGAAUUGAGUAUAAACUUGUAGAUUUUCAACCUUUGUCUCCCAUGCAUCCAUUCUCAGGUGUGCAACACUAAACCAGGGAUCAGCCAAAAAAGAAAAAGAUAACGUGAAUACCCUAUCACAGUCUAUAUUAGGAGUCUCCUAAACUCAGAAACAGAGGGCCUUUAUCCCUGUGGAGCCAUCUGUAUUUUGGAGGAUAUUCCUAGUAGGCUACAGGUUUUCAGAGACCUACCUCAGGUGCAGUGCCCACCCACACCACUACUCUAUAGUCCCUUCUCAAUGCUCGGUUGUAGUCUGUGCCUUUGCAAAAGUUGAGGUAUAUAUACCCUUUGAGUCAAAUGCAAGGCCCUAUUUAUCAAAAAUUCGUCCAUCUCAUUGCUCUUCCAAGUGACCUCACGGCAGGAAGCAUUUCCUUGCAACUUCACUUUGUUCUAUCUUAUCACAGAAGAAGCGUCCGUUAUUAUCUGUUACCAGUGGAGACGAGGGGAGAUAUAAAUGUGUUCCGUUUUUAGCAUCCCUCUUUUGCAAGCUGCUUGACUUUGCCCAUUGCAGGAAGCAGAGUAGUGGAUAACAACACAGAGCCAGGUGUGAGCCCAGGUGUAUCACCUUGGUUAAGUUACAGACACUACUAAUUUCCUUAUCUGUAAAAUCUGGAUGAUGGUCUACCUCAUAUGUUUGUGUUGAGGAUUAACUGCAUUAAUACAUGCAGGAGUGCUUAGAACAAUGACUAGAACCUGGUAAACAAUAGUGUUAUUUAUUAUAAUACCAUUGCUAAGUGAUGACUUAUGUAUAUACCAGCGAAACAGUCACCACAGUCAAGAUAAUAAGCAGAGCCAUCACCCCCCAAAAUUACUUAUGCCCCUUGGUAAUCCCUCUCAUAGCUUUUCACAGCAAGUGCUGAUAUGCUGUCACAUUGGAUGAGUUUUGCUUUUCUAUGAUUUUACAAAAAGACUAUUUUGUGUACUUUUUUGGGGGGGGGUCUGGUGUCUUUCAGCAUAAAUUAUUUUGAUAUUUAUAUAACAUCUUCAUUAUAUAUCAGUGGUUCUUUUUGGGGAGGGGUGGCUGAACAGUAUUCCACUAUGGAAAUAACAAAAAUUGUUCAUUCAUCUCCUGAUGGCCAUUUGGGUUUCCAGUUUUUGGUUAUUACGAAUAAAGCUGCUAUGAAUAUUUGUGUUUAA